AUGCCUACAGAACUUGAAGAGCUGGUGGAAUUCCUCCACCACGGUAACACUCAGAUUCGAGGCAUUGCCACCGAGAACCUGGUUGGUUUCUCUACCGCUCAACCCAGUCUCUUUAAGCGUCACCAAUUACUCCCCGUCCGUGACUUGAAGCUCCUGGCCUUGGACUAUACCCCCAUUGCGAAGAAUGCCUUGACAAUCCUGAUCAACCUGUCAAGCGACGAGGAAGUCCUAAAGGUCCUCGCCGAGGAUGACGAAUUCAUCGAGACCCUGCUUUUCAAAUUGACGAGCAUCAAAGAGCCUAAUGCGGACGAAUUCGCAACUCUACUAGCCAACAUGGCCAAAUCCUCAGCCCUACAAAAACUAUUCGCCGUAAAGCGCCGCAUCCCCGAGAACGUCUCAACCUCCGCACACGCCAUCGACCAACUCAUGGACUGUUUCGUCAAGGGUGCCGAGGGCGGUCUCAACAAAAAUGCCAACUUCGACUACCUCUCCUACUUCUUCGCCGAUCUGUCUCAAACCGAGGAAGGACGGAAAUACUUCACCACCCGCCAAGAGUACGACGGGGUGGUACCUAUCACCAAGCUGACCGUCUUUACGGAACACAAGAGCGAUAUCCGUCGCAAGGGAGUCGCCUCCACCAUCAAGAAUGUCGCUUUCGAUGUUGACUCGCACCCGAUGCUUUUCGACGAGGACGCGGCUAAUCUGCUCCCCUACUUGCUGCUGCCCAUUACCGGUCCUGAGGAGUACUCUGACGAGGAUAUGUUAUCCAUGUUGCCGGAUCUGCAGCUAUUGCCUCCGGAUAAGAAGCGCGAUAGUGAUCCCACUAUCAUCACUACCCAUGUGGAGACUCUCAUGCUCUUGACUACCACUCGGGAAGGUCGGGACCUUAUGCGCCAGGUGAAGGUGUACCCGGUGAUUCGAGAGUGUCAUAUGAAUGUGGAUGAUGAGAAUGUGCAGGAGGCUUGUGAUCGACUGGUGCAAGUUCUUAUGCGUGAUGAGGAGGGUGAGGGUAAGGAGGAGGGUGGACAAGCGCAGAUUGAAGCGCCGCGCGUCGAUGAAGAUAACCAGCUCUGGGGAAUCAAUUCCAGUGAUAUCUCCCCACAAUCACCCAUCACGGCUGCCAUUCCGCUGCAGACGCGGAAGCAGUCUUGUCCCCCGCCGCCGAGGGGCGAGACGCUUCCCGCCGAAUCGGAUCGAGUCAACCACAACCACAACUCCGACUCCAACUACAGCCAUAACCAAAGCCAAAACCCAAACGAAACUCCUCAGCUCGACCUCCCCGAUCCCCUCGACGAUGAAUGUGACGACUCAUACCACUCCAUAAACUCCCCUCCCUCCUCCCCCUCCCCCGGCUCCCCCGGCUCCUUCACCCAGCGUAUUGGGAGCUUCAUGUCGCGCGCCCCUCUUAUUCGCACCUCGCCCGCGCUGGGCUCGACCUCGUACGGAGCCGUGCGCAUCCCGCAAGAGGAUUCCGAUGACCCCGAAACCUCCCCCCCCAGUCCGAGAGACAGAGACACAAUCGGACUCAAGAUCCACGGACCAGCCCCGAUAGCUGCACCGGUGGGCCCUCAAAUGAGGGACGCCGAUCCAAACCCCGACGAUCACAUUCGUCGGGUCGACGAAAAAGCAGCGGCUGGAAUGGGCGCCGAUUCCAAAUACUCGUUCGCAACGGGCCUAGCGGUACCUGGUAACCCCGUGGUACAAGAAACACCAGCCUCAUCGCCAUACAUUACAAGUGACGAGGAAGACACCUUGGACCUAGAUGGAGAAGAUACCAAAUCAACCGAGGAAGAUCCUCCGGAUAACUCACCAUACGCCCAAGUUCGAGCUACAGUCCCAGCCACAGACGAUAUCACUCUGUCAAUCAAUACCCCGCGCAUGUGGAUUCUUUCCCUACUUUUCUCACUGACAGGUUCAGCGGCCAAUCUCUUUUUCUCUCUUCGAUAUCCCAGCGUUGCUAUUACACCGAUCAUUGCGCUUGUCCUCGUUCAUCCUCUUGGGAAAUUCUGGGACGCGGUUCUUAAACGGACGGGUGAUCCGCUCGAGGUCUUUGAGAAUGGAACCUUGCAUCAUCGUGAACUUCUUUCUGGCGAAAUUGAUGCUCCGGAGAUCAAUUGGUUAGCUAGGAUGCGUCUUUGGUUGGCGCAGGGUCGGUGGAAUGAGAAGGAACAUGCUUGCGUUUAUAUUAGCAGCAAUGUUUCUUUUGGAUUUGCUUUUGCUACAGAUGUCAUCGUGGAACAACACAAAUUCUACCAGCAGGAAGUUCCAAUACUAUACCAAUUGCUGCUUAUUAUUUCCACGCAAGUCCUUGGAUACGCAUUCGCCGGCCUCACAAGACGAUUCCUCGUUCGACCAUCCGCCAUGAUUUGGCCCGGUACUCUCAUGUCGACAGCGAUGUUUUCAACAAUGCACAAGAAUGCCAAUAAGAAGGCUAACGGGUGGAGUAUCUCUCGAUACAAGUUCUUUGUCGUCGUUUGGACGGGUGCUUUUCUCUGGUAUUUCGUUCCGGGUUUACUGAUGCCUGCGUUGAGCUACUUCAACGUGAUCACUUGGUUUGCUCCUAAAAAUGUCGUGGUUUCGAAUCUGUUUGGAGUUGCAUCCGGUCUGGGAAUGUUUCCGUUGACGUUUGACUGGGCUCAAAUCGCCUAUAUUGGGUCUCCGCUAUUGACGCCUUGGUGGGCUGCUGCGAACAUUGUGACUGGGUUGGUCAUUGUCAUUUGGGCCAUGGCUCCGAUUUUGUACUACAAAAAUGUGCUCUUUUCGUCCUAUAUGCCCAUCCUCUCCGCGGCAGUAUUCGACAACACUGGGCACCCAUACGACGUGAGCCGGAUCUUAACUCCGGACUUUCUAUUCGACGAAAAGGCCUACGCGGACUACUCGCCCGUAUAUCUACCCAUCACAUACGUCCUAUCUUAUGGUGUUCAAUUCGCUGCCCUAACCUCGCUAGUCACCCACACCAUCUGCUGGUAUGGCAAGGAUAUUUGGCAACAAACACGCAAAGCAUUCGACGAGCGCCGAGAAUUACCCGGAAUGGAGACCUACCAACCUCUGCGAACAGAACAAGUUCCUCCUCCCGGCCGUCGCAACUUUGAUUCCUCGGGUGAUGUCUCUCAAGAUGCGAAUCGAGAGAUGCCUCUGGGCAUGGAAGAUGUCCAUUGCCGUCUUAUGAGACGCUACAAAGAUGCGCCCAUAACAUGGUAUCUCAUUGUGCUUGUCACAAUGCUUGCUACCGCAACAUUUACUGUGGAGCACUACCCCGUACACCUACCCUGCAGUCUCUACCUAAUCUGCCAACUGAUCUGCGGCAUCGUUUUCCCAGGCCGACCAGUCGCAAACAUGAUCUUCGUGACAUAUUCCUACAUCAGUUCCGCGCAAGGCAUCAAAUUCUCCUCCGACCUAAAACUCGGCCAUUACAUGAAAAUCCCACCCCGAAUCCUAUUCGGCGUCCAAAUGAUGGCAACCCUCGUAUCAAGUCUAACCCAAAUCGGCGUCCUCAACUGGAUGUUCACCCACAUCCCACUCCUCUGCACACCCGAAGCAAUGAACGGCUUCAACUGCCCCAUCGCCCGAGUCCACUUCAACGGCAGUAUUCUCUGGGGCGUUGUGGGGACCACAACGUUUCUUCGGACCAGACGGCCUCUACCGGCCCCUCGUGUGGGCGUUCCUAAUCGGCGCCAUCGCUCCGUUGGGAGCGUGGAUCCUCGCCGACGCAGUCGAAAGAAUUUCUGGCGUAAGGUGAAUUUCCCGAUCCUGUUUGGGAGUUUGAGUUGGAUCCCGCCGGCUACGGGGUUGAAUUUUAGUAUUUGGGCACUUGUUUGUUUUGUGUUUAAUUAUGUUAUUCGGAGGAGGAGGACGGCUUGGUGGGAGAAGUAUGCUAUGACUCUUUCUGCGGCUUUGGAUUCGGGUUUGGCUUUUGCUGUUAUUGUGGUUUUCUUUGCGUUUAUUUAUCCUGGUUGGGUUGAUGGGUUUAAGUGGUGGGGAACGGAGAUUUAUAAACAGGGUUGUGAUUGGGUUGCUUGCCCUUAUAGGCGGUUGGAGCCUGGGGAGAAGUUUGGACUAUAA